GGCCCAAUAAAACUGAAAUUGUUUUAUUUUCAUCAAUCCCCAUUGUUCCAGAAUCCUUGGAGCCAAGGAAAAUCUACAACUGUCGUGUGCUCUCUUCAGUGUCGUAAAAAAUGUAUCUCUGAGUGAAAGCAAAAUCAAAGAUGCCACCGAUGACCGCUAGGUUCUCUUCUUCUCAGUCCUUUAUUCUUCCUUCAACCGGUAAACUCUUGCCUAACCUCACCGCCAAUAAGCCAGCACAUACCAUGUCUUUCUCCUCCUCCUCCUCAUCAUCGACAUCGCCAUCUAUAGCCAAUUCCAAAGAAAUCAAAAACAAAACUCCAGACCCAGACACCCAAAAACUAAAUCAAGUUCUGAGAUACCAUAACCAGACCAAACACUCCUUCACCAAUUACGCCAGAGGCCCUCGUGGCCUUGAUUGGGCCAACCAACCUAAUCCAUUUCGGCGUUAUAUUUCUGCUCCACUACUUUCUCUCCUACACUUUCCAACUGAUAAUCAAGACCCGGGCGUUGAUUCUGCCCCUUUGUACCAUUCUGUUUUCAAUUCUCUUCCUUCUCCAAAAUCCAUUUCAAAAUCAUCCAUUUCUCAAUUAUUUUACAAUUCUCUCGCUCUUUCUGCUUGGAAAACAACUGGGUUCUCAACAUGGUCUCUCCGGGUUAACCCGAGUAGCGGCAAUCUACACCCAACUGAAGCUUACCUUAUUGCCCCACCAAUUGAAUCAAUUUCUGAUUCUGCUUUUGUAUCACAUUAUGCACCAAAGGAACAUUCUUUAGAGCUUAGAGCUACAAUCCCGUCUAAUUUCUUCCCGAAAUACUUUCCACGAAAUUCAUUUCUUAUUGGGAUUUCAUCUAUUUUUUGGCGCGAGGCUUGGAAAUAUGGAGAACGUGCGUUUAGGUACUGCAAUCAUGAUGUGGGCCAUGCUAUUGCUGCUAUUUCAAUGGCUGCAGCAGGUCUUGGAUGGGACGUAAAGUUGCUUGAUGGGUUAGGUUCUAAAGAACUAGAGAGGCUAAUGGGGCUUGAAAUGUAUCAGGGUUUUCAAAUUCCAGAUAACCCAAUCAAAGGGAAGAUGCCGGAGAUUGAAUUUGAGCACCCUGAUUGCUUGCUUCUUGUUUUUCCUAAUGGGGUCAAGGACUUUGAUGUGAAUUAUAAGGAACUGAGUUCGGCGAUUAUGGAAUUCAGGAACUUGGAGUGGAAAGGGAAGCCGAAUUCACUUAGCAAAGAGCAUAUAUGCUGGGAUAUAAUUUAUAAAACUGCAGAAGCUGUUAAAAAGCCCUUUACUUUAGGAGAUGACUUGUCGAUCUAUCCAUUUCAGAGCAGCGGUGUUUGUAGUGAAGGGUCAUAUAAAAGUUUUACAGUUAGAGAAAUUGUUAGGAAGAGGAGGAGCGCAGUGGAUAUGGAUGGAGUUACUGAAAUAGAUAGAGACACAUUUUAUCAGAUUUUGUUGCAUUGUGUUCCUUCAGGUUCUGGAAGUGGAGAAAGGCAAAAGAGGCUGUUGGCUUUGCCAUUUCGGGCUCUCUCCUGGGACGCUGAGGUGCAUGCUGCUUUAUUUGUCCAUAGGGUAACUAGGCUUUCAAAAGGGUUAUAUUUCUUGGUGAGAAAUGAAGAUCAUCUUAAUGAUCUUAAGAAAGCUACAAGGGCUGGUUUUACAUGGGAAAAGCCAGAGGGGUGUCCUGAUGAUUUACCUUUAUACGAACUUGCUGGGGGUGAUUGCCAGCAGAUUUCGAAACAGCUCUCCUGUCAUCAGGACAUAGCAAGUGACGGCUGCUUCAGCCUUGGUAUGGUGGCUCAUUUUGAGCCUACCUUGCGUAACAAAGGUGUCUGGAUGUACCCUCGAUUAUUUUGGGAGACUGGAGUCCUUGGUCAAGUUUUGUAUCUUGAAGCACAUGCAAUUGGCAUCUCCGCAACUGGCAUUGGUUGCUUCUUUGAUGAUCCUGUGCACGAAAUUCUUGGAUUGAGAGGAUCAAAUUAUCAGAGCUUGUAUCAUUUCACUGUUGGAGGCCCAGUAUUGGACAAGCGGAUAAUGAGCUUACCAGCUUAUCCUGGACCUGGCAUUGAUGCAUGAUAUAGUUCAUAGCUCAGGAAUUUUCUUAUCGGUGCCUUGAGCCAUCACAAACUGAUAUAUACGGACCAUUCUUUAAAUCGUUUCCCUUUCGACAGAAGAAUAUGAUUUAAUCAUUCCGGAGAAUCAUACAAGCCCCUUACCUGCCAUUUAGCUUUCAGAAGGGACUGCAGUUAAGCAUGUUGUAGCCUCUGUGCAUGCAAUUUAGCCUGUGCAGCUAAUACUAAAUAUAGGACUUUAAUUUUGUUCAUCAAUACACGAAUUAGUAUCUCCAUAUGCAACUAAUUACGGGCUCAAUAUGUAAAUCUAAAAAAUACUAGACUAAUAAUUGUCAGAUGUCAAAACUGCCAAUAAGGUUUUGUACAGAAAUGGGCAGCAUGAUAUAGAAUUUGCCGAUAAAGACUAAUAUAGUAAUAGUUCUCAGAUUGCCAUUGCAUUGCAGCUUCUAAAAUGUCUUCCUGCAGAUGCAGGAGGAUGAAGGCCAUGUGCACACUAUACACUCGAAAUUGAUAAUUGCACUCGAGUGCUCGCAAUUCAAGGCCCGACUAGCUGCUGUUAGAAUCAUUCUGUUCUAUGAUUAUAUAAAAUCGAUUUGGAUUUGAAAUAUAACUUGGUAAUCAAUGUAUAAUUUUAAACCUUUAUUGAUGUAUUUUUCUGUA